AGAAACGAGUGCACUGUGGAUGUUGCAAAUAAGAAAAAAAACAGAAAUUUACAGAGAAACCGGACGAGUCUGGCAGCACCGGUGGAGAGUGAAACAGAGUAAUGUUUCGGCGUCAGUGAUCCUUGUUGAGAACUCAGAUCAAAGAAAUGCGGUCAAUGAGCUCACCCCAUUGGCCGCCGUGACGUCAGUGGGAACCAGUCGGGGUCAAUCCCUCGACAUUAAGUGAACGUUCAACAGCAACAUGGCGGUGCCUGGAUGCCGGCGCUUUUUUAUUACCCCAUUUGUCCUAUUUAGGCGGUUAUGUCACCCAGUAUCUUCCAGGCUCAGGGACCCGAGGAUUUCCCCGUGCGGUAACCAUGAUGCGGGCGUGUCGGUCCGACGUUUGCUGAGCACUAGCGCCCGAUUACAGAGUUCAAAGGAUAAAGUAUCUGUUGAUUUUAUCAACCGUGAUGGAGAGAAGCUUAAAGCAGAAGGAAAUGUAGGAGAUUCUCUUUUAGAUGUUGUUGUUGAUAAUAACUUGGACAUCGAUGGUUUUGGUGCGUGUGAAGGAACCUUGGCAUGCUCUACCUGUCAUCUAAUCUUUGAAGAGCCCAUUUACAAGAAAUUGGAUGACAUCACUGAUGAAGAAAUGGAUAUGUUGGAUCUAGCCUAUGGCCUCACAGAAACAUCUCGUUUGGGUUGCCAGAUCUGCCUAAAGAAAUGGAUGGAUGGAAUGACUGUGGAAGUGCCAACUGAUGUUGCUGAUGCAAGAGAAGCCAAGGACAUUGGUUCAGGCUCCUAAAGGGGUUAAUCUAAUUUACAAAAUCAACAUUACUAAAGAAAGUUAAUUUCUCUUAAUAAAUCAUACUUUAUUAUACUGAAUACAAUCUUCAGUGUAGGUGGGUCACUUAGUAUUGAAUGUCUCUAAGUUGUCUUUUUUAAUUUCUUGGUUGCUAAGAGCCACUAAUAUUGUAAUGCAGUACAGAUUCAGAGAAGUACAUUUUACAAAUUGCUUAACAGAAAUCUACUAUACAGGAUAUGAAAAAUCUAAAGAAAACAAUUUAACUUUUUUUGAAGAAGUUUAUAAAUGCUGUCCAAAUCCAGCAUUAUCCUUUUGAGUGCUGGAAUUUCAAGAGUUCCAGAAUCCAGUCCAGUUUUGUCUAGUUCCAGAUGGGUGUUAAAUUGAAAUUCGAAUCUGAUUCCAUUAAUGCUAACCAUAUAUGUUAUGUUGCAGUUGCAUUGAUUAUUCUUGAGACUAUUAUAGUUAAUAAAUUCUGUAAUGAGUAUAUUUGGAAA